AUGAACCAAGUUUUUACCAAGAAAAGCAGAGGAUGUUCCAAAGGAAUCGGCAACCGUUUCGAAGAACAAAGACUUACAUUGCGGAUACACAGGGGUAAAGGUUCUUCCGGAAAACGCACAUAUGGUUCACCGCAUAGUAACGGCAGUAACAGCACCACCACCACUGGCAGCGCCAGUGCUAGUCCCAGUCCUUCCACUAGGGGGCGCCAAGAAAAAGUCAAGAUUAGCGUUAGUCAUCCAUCGUCUGAAAAUUUAGCACCGUCGUUGUUGGCGGUCACACCUACCUCUCCAACCACUCAGCCUUCCUACGCAGUACACUACUCAGUCAACGGCAAGGACUCCACGGUGAGCACGCUGCGCCGUCCCAGCGGCGGCCAAGAAACCCACCUGCGAGUCCACCGUCUCGGCUCCCAUCGGCGCCCUUCAUCCAGAAGGUCCAGCAGCUGCGACAGCACCUGCGAGCGCGCGUCCAGUCCAAGCCCGAGCGGCUGCGAAGAUGGUACUGGUAAGAGGGUUAUGUCCAGAAGAAUGGGCAGAAGAAACAUUAAGACGCAGGUUGGUAUGGCUCCCGCUACUUUCGGUAUUAUCAAUUUAUGGACCUUCAUCCAUAGCGGGUUAAAUACAAUGGCGGAUUUACCAGUAAGCAGUAGAACCCUCGGAAAUUAUUAG